CGCGGAGUCGGUGUUAGACAGAGAGAGUGUGUGUGACAGAGAGAGUGUGUGACAGAGAGAGUGUGUGUGAGUGUGUGUGUGGAUGAGAGAGGAGCUGCUGAGGGCUCAGGUCUCCUGACUUCUGAUUUCUUGAGUGGAAUUAAACACACAUUUACUACACGGAUAUUUAUCUAUAAAGACACAGUGAUGCCUUGCGUCGAGACCCAGUAUGGAGCUGUGCCUUACGAAAGCAACUACUUCAGCCCUGACUUUCUAAAUUCAGGACUCUCCAACAAGCCAGGCAUGGACCUAAGCAUCCAGAGGGAGCAGCUUUCUCCGUCAUCACUGCCCAGUAUCAACACUUUAGUGGGCAAUCCUGGUGAGAUCGACACCUUCUCUUGCCAGUUCACCGCUUCAGUCCAGGCCGACAUGAACACAAAUGCGCACGGAGACUUCCAAAACUCGUUAGUUGAAGGUACAAGCCCACGCGGUGUUCAGUCUCCCUUCAAGCUGGAUGACAUCCAGGUGUAUGGUUGCUACCCGGGAACCUUUGCCUUCAAUUGUCUGGAUGAAAGCUUGUCCUCAUGUGGAUCGGAUUAUUACGGAAGCCCACUUUCAGUAACUUCCUCACCUUCCACUCCAAGCUUCCAAAGCCAUCCUGGAUCAACCUGGGAAAGUGCCUUUAGUCCAUUUUCUUCCAUGUCUUGGCCAUCAGAGGUCACAGCUCUUCACCAGCAGCCUUCCUGUUUUACCAUCAGCACUCCAGUUGAGCAGCAAUCCCUGUCCGGGAUCCGGGAUCACUGCCUGCAACUUGGUGAUGAGGAUGCUUUUGGACAACUUCAACACCAACCUUCUCAGUUGCAUUUCCCAUCCCUAAACCUUGAGCAUGGGUGCUUGGACAAUUCGGUACUAAAGGUUGAACGGGUCGAGGCUCACUCAUCCGCAAAACCACGGAGUCUUAAUGAAGGACACUGUGCAGUGUGUGGGGACAAUGCUUCCUGUCAGCACUAUGGGGUCCGCACCUGCGAAGGGUGCAAAGGCUUCUUCAAGCGCACUGUGCAGAAGAAUGCUAAAUACGUCUGCCUUGCCAAUAAGGACUGUCCAGUCGACAAGCGACGGAGAAACCGAUGCCAGUUUUGCCGCUUUCAGAAGUGCCUCGCAGUAGGAAUGGUCAAAGAAGUGGUGAGAACAGACAGUCUUAAAGGUAGAAGAGGACGCCUUCCAUCAAAGCCCAAGAGUGUUUCGGACAACGCAACUCCUGUGAAUAUUACCGCCUCGCUUGUGAGGGCUCACAUUGACUCCAAUCCUGCUUUGGCAAAACUGGAUUACUCCAAGUACCAGGAAGCAGUGAAGAACUUGUCUGAAAAAGUGGACGCCAAUGACAUCAAGCAGUUUUACGAUCUCCUCACCGACACCAUGGAGGUUAUCAAGAAGUGGGCUGAGGCUAUUCCUGGCUUCCGCACCUUCUGUUGUGAGGACCAGGAGCUCCUGCUGGAGGCUGCAUUCGUCGAGCUCUUCAUUCUGAGACUGGCGUACAGAUCGAAACCCGAGGAGCACAAACUGAUAUUCUGUAACGGUGUAGUGCUGCACCGCUCGCAGUGCGUACGAGGGUUUGGAGACUGGAUCAAUUCUAUCAUGGACUUCUCCCAGAGUCUCCAUCGCAUGAGUCUAGACGUGACCUCGUUCUCCUGCUUAGCGGCACUUGUCAUCAUCACAGAUCGGCAUGGUCUAAAGGAACCCAAACGUGUGGAAGAGCUUCAGAAUCGCUUGAUCUCCUCCCUGAGAACCCACAUAACCAGCAGCAGCAGUGCAGACCACAGCAAGUCCCAGCCGGGUCUGUCUCGCCUGCUGAGCAAACUGCCCGAACUGAGAACUUUGUGCACGCAAGGUCUGCAGAGGAUCUUUUACCUGAAGCUGGAGGACCUGGUUCCUUCUCCACCUAUUGUGGAGAAGAUCUUUAUGGACACGCUUCCAUUCUGAGCGGCUAAAAACUUUUCACAAGGCAGAAGUUUGUGGAGGAUCAAAUUUCCGAGAGACUCUUUUAUAAAUGGGACUUUUCUAACAGUGUUCUGUCGAGAACGAUGAGGAAAACACCUCGUGAAAUAUUUUUUUAUGCUGGAGAACAUUAGGCGCCAUUUUCUGUACUUUAAUGUGUGUGUAAGAGUGUGUGUGUGUGUGUGUGUUUUCCUGGAUUUACUUUAUUGCUAUGCAAAUUUCUGUAGAACAUUGGCUGAAUGAUUUUGAUGUAGAUUUUAGCGUCGGCAGGAUUUUAUACAAAGCUUCUUCAUCAGCACAUGAUGCUGAUUUUAUAUCCAUUCUUACGAAAUAUUUUCUCAGAAAGCAAAAAAGUAAAAUCCUUUUUUUUUCAA